AUGGAUCCUGCAGUGUUAGUGGAAGCCAUUGUGGAAGAACUGAACUGUCCUAUCUGUAUGACCUUCCUCAGGGAGCCUGUGAGUGUCAGCUGUGGCCACGCUUUCUGCCACGGCUGUCUCUUUGGACUCUGGAAGCUCCCGGGAGAAGCCCAGAAUCUAGACUACAUCUGCCCCCUUUGUCGAGCACCUGUGCAGCCGAGGAAACUACAUCCCAAUUGGCAGCUGGCCGGUGUCGUAGAGAAAGUCCGUCUGCUAGGGUUCUGUAUGGAAAUGGGACUAAAGACUGAUGUGUGUGAGCUCCACAAGGAGCCGCUGACAAUGUUCUGCAAAGAGGACGAUGUAUUAGCCUGCGAGGCCUGCAACCAGUCCACAGAGCACGAAGCACACAGUGUUGUUCCCAUAAAGGAUGUUGCCUGGGAAGAUAAGUGGAAACUCCAGGAGGCUCUGGAACAUCUAAGAAAAGAGCAAGAAGAAGCCUGGAAGCUGGAAGUCAGCGAGAAGGAACGAGCUGCCAGCUGGAAGAUACAGAUGGAAACACGAGAGCGGAGCCUCCGAUGGGAGUUUGGGAAGUAUCGGCAGCUCCUAAAGGAAAAAGAGCUGCCGUGUCAGCGGGCGGAAGAGGAGGCAGCUGCAGCUCAGGCUAGGCUGGAGCAGGAGAAGGGAGAAACAGCAAACAGGCUGGAGGUGAGGCGCGAGAAGAUCGCCCAGCAGAGCUGGGUCGUGUGGAGGAUGAUUGCAGAGCUGGAAGAAAGGUCCCAGAGACCCGUGCGCUGGAUGCUGCAGGGUAUUCAGGAAGCCGUGAACAGGAGCAAAUCUUGGAGCCUGCAGCGGCCAGAACCAAUCUCCUUGGAGCUGAAGACAGACUGUCGUGUUGUAGGACUAAGAGAGAUCCUGAAGGCGUUCGCAGUUGACGUGCGCCUAGAUCCGGACACAGCUUACUCCCGCCUUGUCGUGUCCAAGGACGGGAAAAGCGUGCGCUAUGGAGUCCCCCAGCAGAACCUGCCCGACAAUCCUGAGAGAUUUUACCGCUACAACAUUGUCCUGGGCAGCCAAUGCAUCUCCUCGGGCCGGCACUACUGGGAGGCAGAGGUUGGAGACAGGUCGGAAUGGGGCCUGGGGAAUGGAGACCGGAAGGAGGUGGUCUGUUUAUCCCCUCACUAUGGCUUCUGGGUGAUGAGGCUGAGGAACGGAGCAGAGUACCGGGCAGGCACGGAUGGAUAGCCCCUCCUGCCCGUGUCAGCCCCUCCACGCCGGGUGGGAGUCUUCCUAGAUUAUGAGGCUCACGAUGUCUCCUUCUACAAUGCGACUGAUGGUGGCUCCCACAUUUUUACCUUCCCCCGUCAUCCCUUCCCAGGCCGCCUCCUGCCCUAUUUCAGUCCUUGCUACAGCAUUGGCACUAACAACACCACUCCCCUCACCAUUUGUACCCUGGACGGGGAAAGCUAGGAGUGCCACCACACUAACCUGAUGCUGGAGUUUGGCCUGGUACCCAGGGCUGUUGGAGGGUGCCUCCAUGGAUAAGCAUGCCCCUGGACCCAGCCUAGAACCCAAGGGCCUCUUGGUCCUACCUCAUAGCCUC